CUCCAAACUCUGGUCCUUCCAUUUUCUUCACCUACCUCUUGACUCUUCGCUUCCGCACGCUGCCUCUCCUUCCCUUCCCUCCUCUUUUUAACUCCCAAUCCUCCUUCCCCUCAAACCCACAACCCAAGGUUUUGCCCUGACCGCCACCUCGCGAUUCAGCCGCCCUUCUGAAGUACAAAGAAAAUGGCCUUCUCCGAGUUCAGACCGCUCGACGAGAAAUCGCUGUUCGACUACAUCAGGGCAACCCCAGCUUUGUCGGAGAAGAUUGGAAGCAACGUUGAUGAGAUGAAGAUUCAAGAAGUUGGAGAUGGCAAUCUCAAUUUUGUCUACAUCGUCGUUUCCCCAGCUGGGUCCUUAGUAAUCAAGCAGGCGCUUCCAUAUGUGCGCUGUAUUGGAGAGUCAUGGCCAAUGACUAAGGAAAGGGCAUAUUUCGAAGCAACUGUUCUUAAAGAGCACAGCCGACUUUGUCCUGAACAUGUUCCUGAACUCUAUCAUUUCGACCGUACAAUGUCUUUGAUAGGGAUGAAAUACUUGGAGCCUCCACAUAUAAUCCUGAGAAAGGGGUUGAUAGCAGGAAUCAAGUACCCAUUGCUAGCUGAGCACGUUUCGGAUUACAUGGCUAAGACUCUCUACUACACUUCCCUUCUAUAUAACACAACCACCGAGCAUAAACGAGCUGUUGCUGAAUUUUGCGGGAAUGUGGAGAUGUGCAGGCUCACCGAGCAGGUUGUCUUUUCUGAUCCUUAUAAGGUCUCUCAUUAUAACAAGUGGAAUUCACCUUACCUUGAUCAAGAUGUGGUGGCUGUUCGCGAGGAUAAUGAAUUGAAGAUUGAAGUUGCUGAGUUGAAAGCAAAGUUCUGUGAAAGGUCACAAGCAUUACUCCAUGGUGAUCUACACACUGGUUCUCUCAUGGUUACACCUGAGUCCACUCAGGUAAUAGAUCCAGAAUUUGGAUUUUAUGGUCCGAUGGGCUACGACAUUGGAGCAUUCAUCGGAAACUUGAUUCUGGCGUACUAUGCUCAAGAUGGGCAUGCUGAUGCUUCGAAUGACCGCAAAGCGUAUAAAGAAUGGCUUUUGAAGACAAUUUACGACACUUGGAGCCUGUUUGAGAAGAAAUUCACCUCACUUUGGAAUAAGCACAAGGACGGUGAAGGAGAAGCAUAUCUUCCAGAGAUUUACAACAAUUCCGAAGUUCAGCAGCUAGUGCAAAAGAAAUUCUUGAUAGAUUUGCUCCAUGACAGCCUUGGUUUUGGUGCUGCCAAAAUGAUAAGGAGGAUUGUUGGCGUGGCUCACGUAGAGGAUUUAGAAUCCAUCGAAGACCAAAGCAGGCGAGCCAAAUGCGAGAGGCAAGCUCUCGAGUUCGCGAAAUCCCUCCUUAAGGGAAGGCGCAAGUUCCAGUCCAUCGGUGAAGUUGUGUUGGCCAUUCAGCAGUCGCAAUAAUGAGGUAUUUCAAGCUUAAACUGCAACAUCUACUACGUCCGAUGGCCUUUCCAAGCAUGCUUACAGUCAAAGGAUGCCACUCAUAAUUGACAGUUCUAGUCAACUAUAUAGUAACUGAAGGAAAACCACAUCCCAUAUGUUACGUGGUUGGUUUGAUCAUUAUAUACUUGUUGCUUGUUCUUCCUCGGUUGAUUAUAUCGCUGGAUUGUAAUGUUCUGGUCCGUCUCAUUCUCUUGGUAGCAUACCAAGCUAAAGCUCACGCAUUUGAUACAUUUAAUAAUAAAGAGAAUUUAGAGAU